CAAGCAGCCUGAGAGAGAGCAUUAACAACACACACAGCAACCAAAAGACAAUCCCUACAACAACCAAACCACAAUCCCUAUCUUAACAAUCAAACAACAGUAAAGAGAACCGUUUUAAAUUUAAUGGAACGGAAAACGGAAAUUGCAAAGGAAAAGCGUGAAAGGUACUUGCUGUGGGCCCAACUACCUAAGCUCUGUGAGCUUAGUGUGUGAUGUUUAAGCGACAGUGCUAGUCAUAACAGACUCUCUUCUCAAUGUAACAACAGAAUACUCCGCUACAAGAAUGCCCGCCAUUUUCCAGCGAAGACAUAAAAUUAUACAGAAUUUAAGAUUUUAGGUCUAAUGAAAAGCACUCAUCUCUAACCUGAAAUUUGUAACGCGAAACAAAAGAGGAUCAACGUUUCUCCGGCGAUAUUUGCAGGCUCAAAUUUUUCAUAUUUUUAUAGAAAAACCUCCUGCGAUUUUUUCGCAAGCUUAUGGCGUGACCAGAUACAAUUCGUACCUGAAAUUUGUAAAGUGAAACAAAAGAGGAGCGAUUUGAGUGUCAAAUUUUGCCGCUUCUUGUUUCUCGUUUUAUUUGAAAGUCAAGAUUUAAAAAUCUUUGCGAUUCUUUCGGAAUCUUGUGCUCAUGGCGUGGCGAGAUACAAUACGUACAAUUCUCGGCAUCCUUGGAAAUGCGACCUCUUUGUUUCUUUUCCUUUCUCCACUGAAGAAAGUUUUCGGGGUGUGUAGAUCAAAGUCCACGGAGGAGUCUAGCAGCUGGGUGCCAUACCUAGCCACAAUUGCAAACUGUCUCCUUUGGGUGUUCUAUGGAGCUCCCCCAGUUCAUCCUCAGAGCUAUCUUGUCAUGAUUAUUAAUGCCGUCGGAGUUGCGCUCCAAUUGAUUUACUUUUUGGUGUUUAUCAUCUAUUCGGUUCCAAAUAAAAGGCGUAAUAUGCUUAAAGCACUAGGGGCGGUGGUUGUUUCGUUUGUGGUGCUAGUUGUAGUGACAUUAACAGAGUACCACAGCGCUGAGAGAAGAUCGUCAUUUGUCGGAGUUAUAGCUGCGUUCACCUGCAUUGGCAUGUAUGCAGCCCCAGUUUUCGAAAUGAAGAAAGUGAUUGAAACAGGGAGCGUCGAGCACAUGACACUUCCCUUGUCUAUUGCGGGGUUGGUUAAUGCUUUCGUUUGGACAGUCUAUGCACUUAUGGGUUUUGACCUAUAUGUUUUUGUUCCUAAUGUACUAGGAUUUUUGCUUGGUAUGGGGCAAGUGUAUGUAUAUCAAAAAUAUAACAGAACAAUCACGAUUGAUGAUUAAUUCUAAAAAUAUAAUAGGAAAGGUCUUCUCUUUGUUUUAUGUAGUUUUUUUUUAAUGUUGAUAAUAUUGAUUUUCGUAUUAAUAAGAGUUUGUGAUUGUUAAUAUUGAUAAACAUGAUGGAGAUUAUAAA